CUGCGCAAAUGUAAAUUUGGACUCCUCGUGGGACCAUUUUCUCCGCAAGACAAACAUGUCCGUAUCUUCUUCUCUCGCCUCUUCCUUCACAUCUCGCCGAACCACCGCCGACCUUCCGUCGCAGCUCCGCCGCCCACUCUCGGUGGCCAUCAAAGCCAAUCGGAUAUCUCCCAUUCUCCCUUCCGGUGCGGCGGCGAGUCCUCCAAUCGCGUGCAGGCUCCCUUCCAGGAUGUCGGCGAUGGCGGUCGAGAAGGAAGUCGUGUUGGCGGAGGAGAUUUUGCAGCGACCUGACUCCUUCGGUCGUUAUGGAAAAUUUGGCGGCAAAUACGUGCCGGAAACGCUGAUGUACGCUCUGACUGAACUCGAAGCUGCAUUCAAUGCCCUCUCCACGGACGAGGAGUUUCAGAAAGAGCUUUCUGGAAUAUUGAAAGACUAUGUAGGAAGAGAGAGCCCACUGUACUUCGCCGAGCGCCUUUCUGAGCACUACAAGCACUCAGACGGGACGGGACCCCACAUAUACCUCAAGAGGGAAGAUCUUAAUCAUACAGGGGCUCACAAGAUCAACAAUGCUAUUGCUCAAGCGCUGCUCGCAAAGCGCCUCGGCAAGCAGCGAAUCAUUGCUGAAACUGGAGCUGGGCAGCACGGCGUGGCCACGGCGACUGUCUGUGCUCGGUUUGGGUUACCGUGUGUGAUCUACAUGGGUGCACAGGAUAUGGAGAGGCAGGCGCUUAAUGUCUUCCGAAUGCGGCUGCUCGGUGCUGAGGUUAGAGGGGUUCAUUCAGGGACGGCCACGCUCAAGGAUGCUACAUCGGAGGCCAUUCGAGAUUGGGUUGCUAAUGUCGAAACUACACAUUACAUUCUGGGGUCUGUUGCGGGGCCUCACCCUUAUCCGAUGAUGGUGAGAGAUUUUCAUGCUGUGAUUGGCAAGGAAACCCGAAAACAGGCCCUGGAAAAAUGGGGUGGCAAGCCUGAUGUGCUCGUUGCCUGCGUUGGUGGAGGUUCAAAUGCCAUGGGACUCUUCCAUGAAUUUGUCGACGACAAGGAUGUUAGAUUAAUCGGCGUCGAGGCUGCUGGUUUUGGCUUAGACAGCGGUAAACAUGCCGCUACUCUUACCAAAGGAGAGGUCGGAGUUCUUCAUGGAGCUAUGAGCUACUUGUUGCAAGAUGAUGAUGGGCAAAUAAUCGAGCCCCAUUCGAUAAGUGCCGGCCUAGACUACCCUGGAGUUGGCCCCGAGCACAGCUUCCUCAAAGAUGUUGGGCGCGCCGAAUAUCAUAGCAUCACAGAUGAAGAGGCUUUGGAAGCAUUCAAGAGGCUAUCUCGGCUAGAGGGCAUAAUUCCGGCGCUGGAGACAUCCCAUGCAAUAGGGUAUUUGGAGUAUCUAUGCCCGACUCUUCCGGACAGGGCCAAAGUUGUGCUGUGCUGCAGCGGAAGAGGCGAUAAAGACGUACACACCGCCCUCAACUAUUUAAAAGUUUAAGAUAAGGUACUCAGUCUUGUCGAUGGCUCGGUAGCAUCUUAUUAUAUAUAUAUAUAUACACAUUUGAUCGAUCGAACACAGAACACACAAUUAUCGUCUCCUUUUAGGUUGGUUGGAACAUAAGAAUAAGAAAUUAGAAGCUCUAUGGGAUUCCUUUCACAUUUGUCCGAGGAUUUUGUUGUAGCAAUAUCAAUGUUAUGACAAUUUGUUGUUUCAUUUUCA